AUGGACAGUGGGGGUCUCCAGAUCAGGCUGGAUGGCAGCAGCUGCUCUGGAAGAGUGCAGGUGGAGUCUGAGGGCCAGUGGGGCAGUGUGUGCAGUCAUUCCUGGGACCUGCGCGACGCAGAGGUGGUCUGUAAACAGCUGGGCUGUGGGGCGGCUGUGUCUGCUCCCCAUCUUGCCCACCCCCAGACUGCCCCUGAGGACAGGGUCCUCAACAAGGUGGGCUGCCUGGGGAUCGAGGCAGAACUGGGAGAGUGCAGGGCUGGACGUCUGGGCUCCAAGGACUGUCAACACCCCUGGGAUGCAGGAGUCAUUUGUGCAGAUCACCGGGAGCCCCGGAUUGUGGGGGGUGAGGAUCCUUGCUCUGGGCGAGUGGAGAUACAGUUUGGAGAUGAGUGGGGGACACUGUGUGACUCAGGCUGGGACCUGCAAGACGCCAGUGUGGUGUGCAGACAGCUGCAGUGUGGAGAGGCAGUGGCCAUUCCUGGAGGGGCUCGCUAUGGGGAAGGGAAGGGCCCUGUGUGGGACAAGCAGCUUGACUGUCAGGGAAAUGAGUCCAUUGUGUUCGAGUGUCCAGUGUCCACUGAGAAAACACAAAACUGCUCCCACAGAAACUACGCCAGUGUUGUCUGUUCAGGACAGGAAGGUCCCAGGUUGGUGGGGGGAGAGAGCCGCUGUGCUGGGCGAGUGGAGGUGCUCCAUGGAUCACAGUGGGGUUCACUCUGCGAGCGCGACCUGGAGUGGCAAACUGCUGAGGUAAUUUGCAGACACCUCCAAUGUGGGGGAGUCAAGGCCACCCCUAGAGGAGCCCCCUAUGGAGUGGGAAGUGUCCCCCUGUGGAAGGACAGAUACCAGUGCAGUGGGACAGAGGGGCGCCUGGGGGACUGCCCUGUGUCCUGGGGCCAGGAGGAGUGUGAGCAGGUCAGCGUCGCCAGUGUGGUCUGCUCAGAUGAAGACUGGCUGGUGCGUCUGCAGGGGACAGACAGUCAUUGUGAGGGAAGGGUGGAGAUUCUCAUGAGCGGCUUGUGGGGAAGAGUUUUAGACUCAGACUGGGAUUUACAGGAUGCCAACACUGUCUGCAGGAGCUUGAGCUGUGGAAGCACUCUGAUGGCCUACAUUUCUACUAUGUAUGGUGAUGGAAAUGAGCCUGUGCUGUUAACUGAAGUGGACUGUAAAGAAAAUGAAUCUGUGCUACAGAACUGCUCUUUCACACUGAGCUCUGGAUCAGUCAACACCAGUGGGGGUGUGGGGGUGCUCUGCUCAGAGCACUGGCAAGUGAGACUGGCUGGCGUGGGCAGUCUGUGUGCAGGGAGAGUGGAGGUGUAUCAUCAUGGUGCCUGGGGCUCAGUGUGUGAUGACUUCUGGGACCUGGCCGAUGCCAGUGUGGUGUGCAGACAGCUGGGCUGUGGCCAUGCGCUGAGAGCUGCAGUAUCAGCUGAGUUUGGUGAGGGCUCUGGACCUGUCUGGAUGGAUGAUGUCAAAUGUGAAGGAAAUGAAUCUGCACUCUGGAACUGCCCCAGAGAAUCAUUGGAGAAAGGAAACUGCAGACACAAAGAGGAUGCUGGAGUGGUGUGUUCUGAGCACAAGCAACUCCGACUGGUCAGUGCUGAGUAUGACUGUGCUGGCAGGCUGGAGGUGCUCUACAAUGGCACCUGGGGCAGUGUGUGUUCCAAUGGAAUGGACUCCUUCACUGUUGACUUGAUCUGUAAGCAGCUGCAGUGCGGAGACAGUGGUGCUCUGCAGGAUGGACAACAGUAUGAAUCAGGCUCUGGUCCCAAGUGGUUAGACAAUAUGAAGUGUCUUGGACAUGAGUCUGUCCUGUGGCAGUGCUCUUCUUCACCAUGGGGGCAUAAUGAGUGCCAGGAUUCUGAAGAGGCAGAGAUUCAAUGUUCAGGAUAUAAAAAGAAGCCUGAAACAAUAACAAAUGACCCUGAAGACAAUGUUUGCACAGGGCCGCUGGUGAGACUUGUUGGGGCAGAGGGGUCGUGCUCUGGCAGGGUGGAAGUGUGUCAGAAGGGAGCCUGGGGGACAGUGUGUGAUGACUCUUGGGAUAUCCAGGAAGCUCAUGUGAUCUGCAGAGAGCUGGGCUGUGGAGUGGGCCUCUCUGCACUGCGGGAAGGUCAUUUUGGAGAAGGUAAAGGGACAGUGUGGCUGGAUGAGGUGAACUGCAGAGGCACAGAGAGGUCCCUGCAGGAGUGCUGUUCCUCACCUCCAGGGAUUCAUGACUGCACACACAAGGAAGAUGCUGCCGUCAUCUGUUCAGGGAUGCUGGCCGCUGGGGCUAAAGAAAGUGUUCUUUAG